UCAGCUCUUUAUUUAAAAAGUUCAAAAUACAUAUUAAAGUCAUAUAUAAUCGAUACAGAAAAAAUAUGCAAACAACCAACCGCCAACAACAACACAACCAAGGAUUUUUCUGGCACAUCUCCCCAUUGUGCUUAAAUUUAGGCUUUCUUGAUUUCUGCAAACGCGUUGACCUCAAUGCUUACUAAUAAAAGUUGAAGUAGUUAACAAUGUGCCCCUGUUGCCAAGAAGGCUAACGGUAUUCCCUGGGCUGCAUUAGGCAGAGCACUGCCAGCAGACUGGGGGAUCCUUCAUCUCUACUCAACACUGUCAAGGCCACACCUGGAGUGCUGUGUCAAGUUCUGGGACCCCAGUACCAGAGAGACACGGACAUAACGGUGAGAGUUCAACAAAGGGCCACAAAGAUGAUGAAGGGACUGGAGCAUCUCACAUAUGAGGAAAGGCCGAGAGAGUUAGGACUGCUCAGCCUAGUGAAGAGAAGGCUCAAGGAGAUCUUAACGUAUAUGAGUGAGCACAUGAAGGCGACGGGGCCAGGCUCUUUUCAGUGGUGCCCAGUGACAGGACAAGAGGCAAUGGGGAGCAAACUGAAAGACAGGAGGUGCCAUCUAAACAUCAGGAAAGACUUCUUUUACUGUGAUGGUGGCUGAGCAAUGGAACAGGUUGCCCAGAGAGGUUGUGGAUUCUCCCACUUUGGAGAUACUCAAAAUCCAUCUGAACAUGAUCCUGGGCAACCUGCUCUAGGUAGCCCUGCUUCACAUUGGAGGGGUGGACAAGAUGACCUCCAGAGAUCCCUUCUCUAACUUCAACCAGUCAGGAAUUCCAUGAAAAUGAAUCUAUAUAUUUAUAGCGUAGCCUUAAUUUACUAAGAGAAUUUGUCUUUAGCUUACCUGAUGCAUAAAGUUCAAUAAGCAAAUAAUAAGAAAAAUGCCAGGAACAUAGGACCAUAUUUUGCAUCAGCUAUCUAAUAUAAAUCCAACUGUCAUUCUGGAAUGACUACAUCUACCUCCAAAUGCAUCAAUGCAUUUAUAAGGGUCGGGUUCAUUUUUCUUAUUGUACAUAUGUCUACACUAAUCUCUACUUGCUAUUUUAUGGCGUAGUCAUUCAGUAUCUUCAUACUCCUCUACAACUUUUCCAAAGCUGUCUCCCUCAUCUUUACUACUCAGAAUAACCUGAUCUAGUCAGGUGGCUUCCCUGUCCAUGACAGGGGGUUGGAUGUAGAUGAUCUUUAAGGUCCAUUUCAACCCAAGCCAUUCUAUGAUUCUAUGACUUCCUUUUAUCUUAUGGCAACUUUAAGAACAAUAUGUUAUUUAGUCCAAGACUAAAGUGUGAUGGUUUUGAAUAAACUGCAUUAUGCUACAGAAAUUCUGCUCUUUAGGUUUUUACUUUAAACAAGUUUUCUCAUUUUGAAGUGUUUUCACAUUUUAAAGUUAGGAACAAGGGCACUGGAUGUAUUGACUUGUUGACUUCUUGAAGGGUUUAGUAUCUGAGCAUCUUAUAGUUACAGUUGGAGAGCAGCUCUUCAACAGGAAUAUUUGAAGCACAUUCUGUACAUUGUUUAGGGCCAAGCCAAAAUCUGCAUUUCCUACGCUGGGGUCCCUAAAGCACAGCUCUUUGAAGAAACUGCCAUCUAGAGGUUUCUAAAGGCUUCACAUCCCACUGUGGAAUUUAACCUCAUCCGUAGAUCGGAAAAGUCAUCCCUUCUGCUCUUUAGUAUGGUCUGAGAGAUAAAAAGACUCUUCGACUUCUGCACAGCAGGUCAGCAAGAUAAGAUGAAGGAGAGGUGGCAACAUCACGUCCCACCCCUCAUAAAGAAAUUGAGCAAACAACUUUAAAAAAAAAAUCCAUUUGCAAAGAAAAAGGAAGGAGGCAUUGCCCACCAGAGCAAGCAGGAGCUGAAGACUUCCACAGCACCAGGGAAACAGACAUGGGCCAAGGUCUGAGCAUCAAAAGAUGUGAUUUCAAGAUCACAAUGAACAACAAUAACCACCACACAGAAGAAAUCAGCACUAAAAGGCUUAUGGUGAGACGUGGGCAGUCAUUCAUUAUCACAGUGAGCUUCUCAUUUCCAGUAUACAACUACCUGCAGCAGCUGAAAAGGACCUUCCUCAUAGUACAGACAGGACCGAAUCCUUCCAAAACAGAUGGAACCCAAGUUGAAUUUCCUAUCUCCCGCCUGGGAGACCAGAAGCAGUGGAGUGCAGCACUAGAAGAACAGGACCCAUGUUUCUGGACCAUCUCUGUGAACACACCUGCCAAUGCUCCCAUUGGCCAGUACGCUCUGCUUUUAUAUGCCUCCAAGUCUUACUGUCUCCUGGGAAACUUCAUCCUUCUCUUUAAUCCCUGGUGCCAAGAUGAUGAAGUGUUCUUGGCUAAUGAGGCACAGCGGCAGGAGUACAUUCUAAACCAGGAGGGUAUCAUUUACUGGGGGACUGAAAAUGCAGUCCUGGCACAGCCCUGGGACUUCAAUCAGUUUGAGGAGGAUAUUGUGGACAUCUGCUUCACACUGCUGGACGUAGGUGAACGCCAUCAACGAGACAAGGAUCACACUCAGCGCAAGGACCCUAUUUACAUCUGCCGCACAGUUGCUGCCAUGCUGAACUGCGAUGAGGUUAGAGGAAUCAUGACAGAAUACGGGAGCGGGAAAUACUAUGAUGGGACAUCCCCUUCCAAGUGGCUGGGCAGCAGCCCCAUCCUCCGGCAGUGGGUGGCAUUGCAGUGCAAACCUGUCCGCUACGGGCAGUGCUGGGUGUUUGCUGCAGUCAUGUGCUCAGUUCUGAGGUGCUUGGGAAUUCCCACCAGGGUUGUCACAGGCUUCACAUGGGCUCACAACACGAACAGCAGUCUGAAUGUGGAUGAGUAUUAUGACGAAAAUGGGAUGCUGCUUACACAUGACGAGAGUGCCCGAGUCUGGACCUUCCACGUUUGGAACGAAUGCUGGAUGGCUCGAACAGACUUGCUACCAGAGUACAGCGGAUGGCAGGCACUAGAUGCCACCUGCCAGGAGAAAAGCAAAGGCGCAUCCUUCUGUGGGCCAGCCCCUGUUCAAGCCAUCAAAGAAGGGGACACUGAAGUGGAUUAUGAUGUCUGCUACUUCUUUGCUGCCAUAAAUGCCAAGUGCCAUGUCUGGAUACACAAAGCAGAUGGCAUCCUCAAGCCAGCUUGCAUUUGCACAAAGUAUACCGGCAACAACAUCAGCACCAAGAGUGUGGGCAGUGAACGCUGUGAGGAUAUCACACACAACUACAAAUAUCCUGAAGGUUCUCUUCAGGAAAAAAAAAUACUUGACAAAGUCUACAGAAGAACAAAGACACUUGAGACAACUACCAGCAGCAAAACAGAGUUCAGCUCCAUUACUACUGCCCUUGAAGAGCCAGUUAACCUUUUUAUCCAACUCCAGUCCAAUAGUUCUCUGCUACUGGGACAAGAUGUUCCAAUUUCUGUUGAAGUGUUUAACCCCAGCGGUGGAGAGAAGGCAAUUCAUUUGGUACUUGGGGCCCAGUCUCUACAUUAUGGUGGCACACCCAUUACCCAACUUUGGAAGAAAGAGUUUCAUUUUAUCCUCAAGAGCAACGAAGCUACCACCCUGCAGGCCUUUGUGCCUUACUCACAGUACAUAAAAGAGUUGGGAGAGAACCAUCUGCUUCGUCUGACUGCCAUGCUGAGAGACAAGGACUCCUACAUAUGCUUUGCACAGGAAGAGAUCAGCAUUUGUGAUCCCCCUCUCAUUAUUAAGUUUCCAGAACACAUGGUACAGUACCAGCCAGCCACAGUGGAGAUCAGCCUCCUGAACCCUCUCACUGAACCCCUGGAGAAGUGCAUGAUAGUGGUUGGAGGGCGAGGGCUCAUUUACAGACAAAGGAAGUACAGGCUGGGUUCUGUGCAGCCUGGAAGCACUCAACAGCUGCGUAUCUCGUUCACUCCCACUGAAGCAGGGCCCAGAAGACUCACUGUGAAUCUUACCUGCCUUCAACUCCAGAACCUGAAGAGCUACAGAAGUAUCAACAUUGCAGCUGCCUGAUGCCCAGCUUAGAACAAGUCCUGCUGUCCUAUUUGCAAGAGUGGUCACAAUCUGUCCUCCUGACCUUUGGAAAGCAUAUAUGUUAAAAGUUUAUUUGAAGUUAUAUUUAAAACCAUGUCCGACUUGUAUUAUUCAUACAAACUCAACUCUCUCCCAUAUGCAACUAUAUCCACUCUCAGAUCUUGCAAGUUGAACCUUCCUGUGACAAAGAUGGGCUAAAUGCUCAAGCAGAUGCUGUAUUUCUUUGUGCAUACCCGC